AAUGCAGUAAGAUGUAUUCAGUAAGCACUGCGUAUAUACAUUUAAAACGGCAGGUAAAAAUCAGAACUGAGAGCCCUGAUCUCCUGGGGUCAGUGCCUGUGGGGUUGUGACGUGAUGUGGGUCGUAUUUUCAAAGCGUUAACGAAUGAAGUAAACUCCCAUUUUUUGAAAGGAGACAAUAAUCCCAUUAAUGUUCUAAAAGGCAUUUGAAAUAUGUAACUAGGCUGUUCGGUUCAAUUUUUUUAAAAUGAACAGGCGUUUCAGCUCUUAAAAAAAAAGCAGCUUAUUAGAGUGUCGGAAACUCUUUGAAGAUGUGCCCCAUGUUUCCAUUCUCUGCUGUGCUACAGGAUAUAAUGCAAUGUGCAAGUCGUGGCGUUGCAACUUCCCCUAACCCACUGAGUUCACUUAAACAGCUGCAACACGUCGUGCAAGUGAAGUGCAAAGACCAAUGGGGUUUAUAUAAAAAAAAUAACCAUGGCAAUUACCCGCUGAUUUGUAAGAAUAUUAUAAACUGCCAAAUUACCCUGAAACUGUGGACUGUAAUGGAAGGAGUGCAGUCUGUAAUUCCCCAUGCUGGGGUUUCAUCAAACAAAUAGCCAGUCAGAACCUCCAUGCCCACUCCCCUGUAAUUGAGUGCAAGAGCUGGGAAAGCAGCCUCACGAACUGAGCUAGCCUAUAAUAGUUAUUAUCACCAUUGUGAUUACAGUAGCAUGAGCCCUGGAAUAUAUGGAAACUCUCUGGUUCAGCCCAAUCGGACCGGGAUAGUCCGGACCCCAGAACUUUCCCUGUCCACCGUGCAGCUCUGCCACCCUGACCAGCCGUGCACUGCGUGUGUGAGGACCCGGGUUCGACUGGACACCAGGGUUGUUCUUAGGCUCCAUGAACUCCACCUUCACUUGCUGGAAUUGAAGAGUAACCACCAGAGAGCGCUGAGGGUGCUGCGCAGGGGGGGGCGUGGCCAGGCUAACAGCCGUCACCGUAGACUGCAGUGGGACCUGGUGUACGAUCAUUUCUCCAGCGGCCACAAGAUGGCGAUCCUCCACAGAGAGAACUCGACCAGCCCCCCGGGCACGUGGGAGCUCACCUAUGAUUGCUUCGAGUCUGACGGAGGCCACAAAGUGGCGGUGUUCCUCAAGACCAUACCUCAGAGACAGAGGCUGCAGCUGAAAAGGAUCUACACUGUGGAGGACCACAGGAGAGGGCCAGUGUUCAGUUACUCGCUGGACAGAGGGAGGAAGGCUGUCACUGUGUCUGUGUUCCCGGGUCCCGAGGUGAAAGUGAGGCUCUGCUAUCGGCAGCUGUUUGUGUGUGACGACCUGCCUUCACCGGUCACUGCCAGGAUCAACACCUCGCAGUCUCUGAAUGCCACCCUCAGCAUCCCCUUCCUGGUUCCUUGUCUCUGCAUCGAGGUGUAUUAUCUUCAUCGCGAUAGCUGGCGAAGAACAGUCUGUCCGUUCAAAGACUCCCCCCAUACCUGUGACGAUGACCUCUGGCGCUCCAGUACGUUUCGCCACCACGGCUCGGAGCCCAGCGGUGUGAUGAGUCUGGAGUUCAGUCACCCCUGUCCCAUCCAGCUCUCUGCCUCCCUCUGCUGGCGGACUCAGGGCACUGCACUGGCGCCGUGUCAGGAGAUAGCCAACUCUUCAAUAGAGGAACGAGACUCGGUGUUCAGUGUCUCCGGUGUAGACAGACACCCACGACUCUGUUUCAAGCUCUCCUACGGCAACAGCAACCAUGUGGAGUGUCCCAGUGAAGCAGAGACAGAGUGGAGUGUGGAGGUGGAUCCAGAGUUCCUGAGAAUACACCUGCACAUCACCACCACUAUCCCAGCAUCCUUCAGUGCCGUGCUGUGCAGCCCCGAGAGAGAGGGGGCGGGCUGCGAUCCACAACUACCAGUGCACACCAUCACACGGCCGACUGGUUCCAGUGAGAAGGAGCUCCACAUGAUCCUUGGAACCCGCGCACUGGGGCGGUGUGUGCAGGUUUGGCGUUCGGACUCUCGAUACUUUGGGAAGAGGUUGAUUUGUCCUGAGUAUGCCUAUGGUAGACUGGGCCUGGUUGCCACAGCGAUGCUGAUUGUAGCAGUUUCCACGGCGAUGCUCGUCUUCUUUGGUUACCGUUUCACCCAGAGAGUUCUGUCAGGCUCCCUGUGGACGCGCACGCCUGUGCUGCUGCUCUACACUGCAGACUCGGAGGAGCAUGUGUCCCUGGUGUGCGCUCUGGCCUCCCUCCUGCAGGGGGAGCUGUGCUGCGAGGUGCAUCUGGACCUGUGGGACAGCUCAGGGCUGGGGGGCCUGGGGCCGGUGCCGUGGCUGUACAGCCAGAGAGAGGCAGUGUGGAGGGAGGAGGGGAGAGUGCUGCUGCUGUGGAGCAGAGGGGGCAAGGAGCUGUACGAGAGCUGGAAGAGAGGUAAGCAACAGCCAGCUGACCUCCUGAGAAAUAUGGCCCCGAAAACACAGGCGGACCCCCACGGAAUCUUCCAGGCCGCCCUGGCCUGUCUCCACAGCGACGUGGAAAGCGGACGAGCGGGGGGCUACACCUUGGUGUAUUUCGAUGGCUCUAAACGGGACAUCCCGGACUCCUUCAAGGGGGUGCCCAGGUUCAAGCUGCCCAGGCAGGGAGGCGGGCUGCUGCAGGAGCUGCACAGAGGGGAUACCCGGGCUUGCUGGCUCAGGCUGGGCAUCGCUGGGGUGCAGCACUCCGAGGCAGGCAGGAGGCUGGUGGAGAGGGCGAGGCUGUGCCAGCUGCUGGAGGCAGAGAGGGCUGGCUUGACCGAGGAGCCCGAAUUUGAUAAGUCAGACAAGCUGCUAAUCCAGAGAGGAGACGCGGUGAUCGGGGAGAAACGCACGGGUAUUUAAAGCAGGAAGACCAGCGUCACCAAAAUACUUUUACAAGUUUGAUCUGCAACCCCACCUGCAAAAUAGCAAGGACGUCAUCUAAAGAAAGUGUGAAGGAAUGAGGAAGGAUCACGUCCGCAAUCCCACAUCUCACAAGACAAGCUUUAAGGAGUAUGUAAGGUAUAAAGUAUUUACUCGCUCCGACUCUCCUGUGAUAAGCAAAUCCUGGGUAAAGCAAGGGUUAAAGCCGAGACACAGUUAUUCUACAGAGCGACUCGGGCACUUUUAAUGAUCCCGUCUGAUUUGUAACCUUUAUCCCACACGCACUGCCACUUCAACUGACUGAUUGAAAUCCAGAGAACCUGGAAAGCAAAGGCGCUCUCUUGCUUUUCAAUUAGUAAAGGGCCUUCCUACAGGACUGUGCUGUGUCACUGUUGUGGAAUGAGGAAAUAUCGAGUGGGCACGCUAUUUAUAGUACAAUGCCCCUUUGCUCACGGCACUCUGGAAUUAGAUAUUGCUUCAUCCUGUUGUUUCCUGCUAAGUUUUGCAGUCACCCGACUGGUUCUGCAGAGAGAGACAGCAACACGUUAGGAAUGCUGAGCCCUUUUCGUUGUGUUUGUUUCUGUUUUGCCGGGUGUAUGACUGACUGGCUAUCUGUCAUUUCCUGUGUAUGAUUACAGCACCAAAACAAAAAACUUAACCCACUCAGGAUAGUUUCAGAAAGCCCUGUAGUGUCUUUUAAGGCAGGCUCCUGGCAACUGGCGCCAUUGGCUUGGAAAUUUCAAUAAUGUCCUUUCAUUCAAGUCCUAUUUGCUGUUCAGCUUUUUGAUUUGAAUAUUCUACCUCAUAACCCGCUCCAGCUGCAAGGAGCCAUCAGGAAACGUCUUUGCAGCUUGCUUAGUGAAAGCCGUCACGAUCGCUGUUCUGUUUUCACAGACAGCGGGGGAGGGGGUGUCGUGUUUCGUGGCAGCUUUUUAUAAUGUUGAGAAAGAAAAAGGAAAGAAAAAAAGACGCUGCAGGACAAGCAAGCAACAAACAAACUUUCAGCUGCACCCGGGAGCAGUGGAAAUGACAAAACAGCACCAUAGAAGAACAUGAGCAGCUUCUACAUGUGCUCUGUGGAGACCAUUAAACGCUCUUUCAAGAAGUGAUUCCCUUCUGAGCACCAAUUACUUUUGAACUGGAAAUGAAACCUGUUUGUAGAAAAUACUGGGCAUUCCAGUGCUAUAAGCGUGCGUGCAUGCGUGCGUGCGUGCGUGCGUGCGUGGCGUCUCUGUUAAAUGCAAUCAUUUCAUUUGUUGAUUUAUUAAAAGAUGAUGUCUAUACAGACACGUGCCUCAAUCAAAGUGUUAUUAUGUACCCUCCCCAUAAGUG